GGAAAUAGGAAGUCAGUCCAGUAACACUUAGCACAAAGACAAAACAAAAGGCGUUUGUGAAAGAUGGCAGGAAUAAAAGCUCUUGUUGCGUUAUCCUUCAGUGGUGCACUUGGACUGACUUUUCUCCUUUUGGGAUGUGUACUGGAACAUUUUGGAGUAUACUGGCCAAUGUUUGUCCUGAUCUUCUACAUCCUGUCACCUAUCCCAAAUUUAAUAGCCAGGAGGCAUGCGGACGACACCGAGUCAAGCAAUGCAUGCAGGGAGCUUGCAUACUUCUUAACCACUGGAAUUGUGGUGUCCGCAUAUGGGCUACCUGUUGUGCUUGCACGAAAAUCUGUGAUCCAGUGGGGCGCCUGUGGCCUAGUAAUGGCAGGCAAUUGUGUCAUUUUUCUGACCAUUCUGGGUUUCUUCCUGAUAUUCGGAGGUGGAGAUGACUUCAGCUGGGAACAGUGGUAAAACCUAUCUGGAAGAAGAACAAAACUACAUUAUAAACUGCAAAGCUUUACAUAGUUUGCCAUGGCAAUGCUGAUUAACCCAGGCCUUGACAGAGACUGUGUCAAUUGCUUUGUUUUACUCUCAGUUAUGGCUGCUCUGUCUCUCUGCUUCUGCCUUUUCAUUUGCAUUGCACGUCAGCAUGUGCAUGGCUCUGUGUAUACAAUGAUUUGCUUAAAAAAUGUGGUUUAAAAUAGUUUGAACCGCAAAAUGUAAAGGGUGAAUCUCAUAAAACCUGUACAGUACAGUUUGGGUCUCUCUGUACUCAAGUUAAAAGCAAAAACAAUCGAUUAUAUUUUGCUUAAAAUGAAGCCUAUUUUAGCACCAUUUGAGAUUUUUUCUGUUAUGUUUAUAAUUAAGUGUCCCACCCUCUCAAAAUGCAAAAAUAACUA